AUGAGAAGCUUUGGAAGACAUAAAGAUCAGCCUCAACCACCCACAACCGCAUUAGUUCUACUAGUUUUGACGAUCUCUCUGCUCAAGCCCUUUUCAGCUUCCGCUCUCCACUUCGACAAUCCAUGUUUCAUGUUCCCGGAUGGCUUUGACACCCACAAGCACUUAGCCCAUCAGGAGAAUGCUUCUGAGAAUGGAAGACUCAACGGCAUCAGUGACCGAGCUACGUAUUCCAGCAAAGUGCAUUUUCGGGACAAGGACACCGGGGAUGUGGCGGAUUGUGUUACCCAGUACACGGCCAGCAGCGACUCUCAACAGGGAAACCCUCUCGGAAACCCGCUUGGCUCUCAACAGGGAAACCCGCUCGGCUCUCAACAGGGAAACCCUCUCGGCAUAUUCGCCUCACUUAGUAGUACUCCAAUUCCGGUAAUUCUUAAUAACAGUAACUGCAAGGGGGAAUGCGAGGUCUACACUGUCUACGUGAUUAUGAAACCUUCUGAGUCCGGGCCCGGCUGUGGAGGGAUCUUAUUUGUACAAUUUUCCGAUAGGACCUUGCUCGGCCGUCCUUUUGGCCAUCUAGCUCGUCCCGACAGCGAUUGUGUUGCAGUCAACAAUAACCGUCACAAGAAUACGUGGGGAAUAGUUGUUCCAUUUACCAAUACACAUAUGAACUUCAGGGCCAAUGUCCAAUGGAAGAUCAAGAAACAAAUGUUGGGCGGGUCGUCUUCUAGUAUAACGUACGACCCGCGUACGAAAUGUUUGAGCGUGGGCUGGAGGGAUGCUGAUGGGAAUUCCAGUAAUGAAAUCCAUCGUCACUACUGCACAAACAGCUCAAGGGCAUAUAUGCCAGAGAUGGUGGGUGUUUGUGUCAUUGCUCCCCCUGAAUCUGCACUUGAGUAUCGCUUCACCCAGAUAUGGGAAUUAAGCUCCGGUUCACAGCUCCAGGUGGAAAAGGCUACCGACUCUUGGUUGAAGUGGCCGUUCACAGUCGUGGCUGGUGUCGUUGUAUUGGUGGCGAUCAUUGUUGCUUGGGUAAAUUAUAGGUCAGAAGUCUCCAGUCCAGAGACAGAGAGAGGUGGAGAAGAAGGCAACCUUAGCACGAAUUUAACCAAAGAGUUAAAAAUGUUCACACUCAAGGAGUUCUCCUUUAAAGAGUUGAUGAUCAUGACCGAUUCUUUUGCACUUGACAGGACUCUGGGAGAAGGAGCUUUCGGGAUUGUGUACAAAGGGUACAUGGUAGACGCUGACGCACCGGUCGCUGUAAAGAUACUAAAAUCUGUUUCAGACCGAGGGAUAAAGGACUAUAUAGCAGAGGUGAAGUCAUUAAGCCAACUUAGGCACAGAAACUUGGUGGCACUUAUAGGCUAUUGUCACGAGAAAGAUAAGUUCGCCCUGGUUUACGAAUUUAUGAGUGAAGGUAGCUUGGGGGAUCAUCUGUUUAAAGAUGGACCCUUGUUGCCGUGGGAAAAGAGGUACAACAUCGUUCUAGGAUUAGGCUCGGCGGUGCACUACCUGCAGAAAGCAGGCAAUCAAUGCGUGAUCCACAGGGAUAUCAAAUCCAGCAACAUCAUGCUUAAUGAAAAUUUCGAGGCCAAAUUGGGAGAUUUCGGCACGGCUAGGCCAGUUGACCGCACCAGAGGGCCAGAAGCAACCGAAGCGAUAGGAACAAAUGGUUAUGUGGCUCCCGAGUACGGCCAGACUGGUGAGUCAAGUAAAGAAUCUGAUGUCUUUAGUUUUGGAGUUGUCCUUUUAGAAAUAGUUUGCGGGAGAAUAGUCUUCGACUCGGAACUGGGAAAGCAACGCCUGAACCUUGUCCAGUGGGUUUGGAAGCGUUAUGGGAGCCUGAGCUUGGCUGGGCGCGUGGUUUUGAGCUGGCGCUGGCGCAACAAGUUUCUCGAAGUGGUGGACCCGAGGCUCGGCAAGGAUUUUGACAAGAAACAGGCGGAGGCCUUGUUGAUUGUGGGGCUGUGGUGUGCUCACCCCAUUGCUGCGUGUCGGCCGUCGAUUGAAGAGGCAAUGGCCGUUUUGAACUUGAAGGCAGAGCCUCCAAAACUCCCCUCGAAGAUGCCAAGGUUCAACGUUAAUUGA